GGUGGGCUCUCAGCCAGCCUCCAAAUGCCAUGGCUGGCCCAGGAGCACCUGUCCCUAUCCCUGGCCAGCCCCACCCAGGGCCUGCAGCACUGGAAACCCCCGGGCCACACUCCACACCUGAGUCCUGUCUUCACUUUGCCUUCUCCCCAGGUGCCCUCAGUAGUCCCAUCCCAGCGAAGAGCUGCUGGGCCAGAUGGUCAUGGGGGAGCCCAGGAGAGAGGAGUAUAAAAUCCAGUCGUUUGAUGCAGAGACCCAGCAGCUGCUGAAGACAGCACUCAAAGAUCCAGGUGCUGUGGACUUGGACAAAGUGGCCAAUGUGAUUGUGGACCAUUCCCUGCAGGACUGUGUGUUCAGCAAGGAAGCAGGACGCAUGUGCUACGCCAUCAUCCAGGCAGAGAGCAAGCAAGCAGGCCAGAGUGUCUUCCGUCGUGGACUCCUCAACCGGCUGCAGCAGGAGUACCAGGCUCGGGAGCAGCUGCGGGCCCGCUCCCUGCAGGGCUGGGUCUGCUAUGUCACCUUCAUCUGCAACGUCUUUGACUACCUGAGGGUGAGGCCCCAGCAGCCACCCUGGAUGGCAGACAGCCUGCCUCCCAAAGCCCAGGCUGGCCUGCUUCCCACUGCCACUCAGCCCGGUGCUCUGGUCCUCUUUCUCCCCCAGGUGAACAACAUGCCCAUGAUGGCCCUAGUGAACCCUGUCUACGAUUGCCUCUUCCGGCUGGCCCAGCCCGACAGCCUGAGCAAGGAGGAGGAGGUGGACUGCUUGGUGCUGCAGCUGCACCGGGUCGGGGAGCAGCUGGAGAAGAUGAACGGGCAACGCAUGGACGAGCUCUUUGUCCUGAUCAGGGAUGGCUUCCUGCUCCCAACAGGCCUCAGCUCCCUGGCCCAGCUGCUGCUGCUGGAGAUCAUCGAGUUCCGGGCAGCCGGCUGGAAGACCACCCCAGCAGCCCAGAAGUAUUACUAUAGCGAGGUCUCUGACUAGGCCUCCAGCUCUUCUUCCCCCCACCUCCC